GUUAUCUUGAGUUUCGACCCGCGAAGUACCUGUAAAGAUUUACAUGUUGGAUAAUUUCAAACUCUCCAGGCUUUUGUUCUCCAAAACCGAAAGGAUGGCAGACCUUAAGAAGUCAGUCAACGAAGUGUUCUACCGCAUCAAAAACUAUGUCGACUGCGCUCCAUUUGUCAUAUUACUCAACAAUAAUCUACAGGAUCCUGGAUUUGAAUGCAUGAAGUGUACUUUGCUUAUGCAAGGAGAUGAAGUGUUGAUGGUGAACUCACAUAAGAGUUGGAAACCUAAUGCUCUUUUUCCAUUCAGCAAUGGAAGCAUGAGUCUUAAAUAUGUUCCAUCGAGAAGUAUACAAACACUUCUGAUACCAAGAGAUCCUUCAAGUGAGUUUAUAUUUCUCUCGGAUGCUAAAUAAAAGCUAAAAGUGAGUAGGUAUGCAUGUUUUAAGGGUUUAAUGACGAUCAACACUUUCACGAGUGAGCAGAACGAUCAGCACACUUCAACUUAUGAUGGCGAGAAACCUUCCAAAUGUUUGGUCAAUUACAAUGACGCUCCGACUGAUAAUCAAUCGUGGAAAGUCACAAACUAUGAAAAAUCCGAAUUAGAAGUGGCACCUACGGUCACGACUCCAAAGUCUGCAGAAUUCAUAAAAACGCGGAGAUCUGAUUUGAAGUCCAUCAAAGUCACUACUCAAAAAUUCGCAGAGAAUUACAAUCUUCGCUUUAAAGAACUUUGUAAGAGAAUCAAUAUUAAAAGCCUGGAAGCCGAUUACAAAUCUCAAUAUGCACGCUGUCGUGUGCUUCUAGCUGACAUGCAACAAAACAAGGAUGGUUUUGCUGCUAGGGAGUCUACAAUUGUCGAAAGGGAGAAGUAUUUAGAAAUCAUAGCUGCAGAUCUUGAGUUACGCAUCCAGGCUGCCGAAGAGGAAGACGAACGCAUCGCAUUUGAAGCUUCGCAACGCAAUGAAAAAUUGAAAGGCAUUCGAGACUGUCUUGACGAACGGGAGGGAUUGCUAGUACUUGGCAGAAGCGCAUUAAGAACAAGAGAGGCAGAUGUCAGUCAGCGUGAAAACCAUGCUAAGACUCGGGAGGAUACAAUCGACGAUGUUGAGAAUACCUUGCUAGCUAGGGAAGCUACCGUCAAGGCCAGUGAAACUGCACUCAUCUCCAGAGAAUCAACUAUCCGAACUAGGGAAGAAGCUAUCAAAAAGUGCGAAGAGGCUAUUGAGUCCGAGAAAGAUGUCAUCAAGAAUAAAAAAGACGCACUUCGGCUUUAUGAAGCAAAUCUAAAAUAUACUGAGAAUCGUCUGCAGACAAAGGAGGAAAGACUCAAUUCUGAGAUGACCAAUCGAAAACUCGCCGUCCUGGAACGUGAGCAAACGGUUGAUGUUCCGGAUGCUGCUUCUUAGAUGGGUUGGAAAAUUUCUAGAAUUGGGAUUGCGGAUAAUAACUUUAUCUCACAUGAGACUCUUAGCAAGGCACCUUAGACGGAAUACGCAGUUCUUAAAGCUCUGAUGAUAAAUUUACCUGACAUGACACUGUUGUCGAGGCACCCAAGACAGACAGACUAUGCAAUUCCUAAAACAGGUUCUAGGAAGUACAAAAUGCCAGAAUUCGAGACGCCACUGCAAUCACAGUUCAAAAAACAUAUCCUUGCUCCUAGUCCUAGGAAGAACUAAAAGUAAGUUCACUCCCCUUCUCUGCCCUUUCCAUUCCACAAUCCUCUUUUCCAUCCCUCCCUCCACCCAUCCAUAAACCCCGCUAACAGCUCUUUCAUCCUCAGACCUCAUUCCAUUCUUGUCCUCAUCCUCUUUCUCCAGCCACACCUCAUCCACCACACUCCUCAUUCAUUCCGGCACCCAGCAACAACACCGCAGCACCGCAGCACCGCAGCACCACAUCCCAACACCCCGCAUCCAAACCUCCCUUCAAAAAUUUCCUACACCUAAUCAGAAUCUCGAAUCUCGAAUCCAGAAUCUCACAAAAUAGCUAAACUGCGUAAGACUUAUAACAACUGUGGACACUAUUCCUCAAAUCUCAUUUUCGCUGUUGUUAUUGCUGUUGCGGUUACUCUUUCUAUAAAAUGUCACACAGAUUAGCUAGUAUCCAUGUAUUUUAGUCUUGUAUACUUUGUUUGAUUCUAGAGCUUUUGAUUUUGGACUUUCAACUUUGAUUGUUGUUAUUUUUGUCAGAUGUUAUAGAUUAGAUUGA